AUGUCGGCCUCGCCGCGCGAGCGCUCCCCCUCGCCAUCCGAGGAUGAAGACGAAGGCAUCGACCUCCGCCCGGGCGCAGGCAGCCCCGGUGACAGCUCAGAAGAGGAGGCGACCGACUCGGAGGAGGAGCGCGCGAUCAGGAAAGACUUCAUCGUUGACGAAGACGAGUCCGAACGCCGACGUCGCCGACGACUCAAGAAGAAGAAGCGCAGGGAGCGGAAGCAGCGCGAAGCAGGUGGCGAGGCAGACGAGGAGGGCGAAGGGAGGGACAGCAGCAGGAAGAGGAGGAAGGAUGAUGAUGAUGAGGACGAGGCGCUCGACGAGGACGACUUGGAGCUCUUGCAGGAGAACUUGGGUAUCCGGACCGACAAGCCCAAGGGCAAGCUCCGCCGCCUCCGCCGCGCCCGCUCCGCCUCAGCCGACGACACCUCCGGCGCUCCUCGCGGCCUGCAAGACAUCUUCGCCGACGAAGACGCCGGCCCGGCAGCAGGAGUCGAGAACCUCUUCGAUGCAGACGAGAUGGCCGGUUUCAUCGAAGACGAUACGGACGAGUCGCGUUCUGAAGCGGGAGACUCGGAUGAGGAUCGGGAGGGCGAUAGGGCUGCGAGGAAGGGCAGGAAGAAGAGGGAUGAGAGGAGGAAGAGGGCUGAGAAGGCGGGUGCGAGGAGGAGGGGAGGGUUCGCGAUGGGCCGCGUCGAGGGCAUGACGGCGGAGGCGUGGGGCGAGGUGGCUGAGGUUUUCGGUAAUGGGCAGGACUAUGCGUGGGCGAUGGAGAUUGACGAUGAGGAGGACGACAAGCCGAAGGAGCUCAAGGAUAUCUUCGAACCGUCCGAGAUUGCCUCGCGCAUGCUGACUGAGGAGGACGAGAAGAUCCGCACGACCGACGUUCCCGAGCGCCAACAACUCGCCUCGGUCGGCCUCCCGCCCUUCGAAUUCGACGCCGAGGGCGCUCUCCUCCCUCUGAUACCCGAAUCCGAGCUCCCGACUGCCGCCGUCUGGAUGGCCGACAAGCUCCCUCGCUCGACGACUGCCCAGUUCCUCCUCCGCGACGAGGAAGGCAACGCUCCUCCUCUGCACGACGCCUUCCUCCGCGCGAUCCAGGACGUCGUCAAGUUCAUCAACAAUGACUUCCUCGAGCCGCCGCACAUCUGGAACCACCGCUCCGACUACCUCUUCCACGCUCCGUCGGGCGAGAGCCCCGUCGCGCUCUUGACCGAAGACGACGUCUGGCGCAUCUCGCAGCUCUCGAUCAAGUUCCGCGCGUUCCUCGCGCGCAAGAAGGAGGUCGCGGCGCAGUAUGCGUCAAUCGGGUCGGUUGAUGUCCAUCUCGAGGAGGUCAUGGACCAGGCUGCGUCGGUCGAGGAGAUCAUGGAUGCGCAGGGCUGGCUUGGUUUGAGGUAUGCGGAACGUUUGGAGGAGGCGAAGAAGACGAAGAAGGAGGGUGGCGAGAACGGUGCGGCGGAUGAGCAGGACGACGAGGAGCGUGCGAGGGCAGAGAGGGCGGCCGAAGUCGACAGGGUCAAGAGGCCGAAGCGUGCGACGAUUGAGAACGAGUAUCAGACCGCCAAGAAGACGGUCAUCAGGCGUCUUGCCGAGCUCGUCAACAUCUCGCCCGCCGACUUUGCCCUCGACGUCGUCCAGCAGCAGAAGACGCACUUCGCCGAAGACCCCGACAAGUCACCUCUCGACCUCGCAGACGAGUUCGUCGUUGACCCGGAGUUCCCAACGCGCAACUCCGCCCUCGCAGCGGCCAAGAUGGUCCUCGUCACUGAGCUUGGCCACGAGCCCCUGCUUCGCAAGGAGGCGAGGCGUUUCUUCAAGGACUUUGCGGUCGUCAACGUCGCGGCGACCAAGGCGGGAGAGGCCAAGAUCGACGUCCUCAACCCUUACUACGCCUUCAAGUACCUCAAGAACAAGCCCGUUGUCGAGUUCACGCGCUCGGCGCAAUGGCUUCAGAUACUCGCUGCUGAAGCCGAAGGACUCGUCACCGCGUCGAUCGACCUUCCCCAAGCCGCGUACGACAAGCUCAUGUCCGACUUCAGCAAGAUGUACCUCUCCGACUACACGUCCGCGCUUGCCGACGAGUGGAACAGGCUGAGGGAGGAGAUACUCAAGCAGGCGGUCGACGAGUAUUUCUUGCCUCAAGGGGCCGCGUGGACGAGGGGUUGGAUCAAGGAGGAGAGCGAGGAUGCUGUCGCUGAUGCGUGCGAGCGCAGGCUCGAAAAGCGCAUCAACGCCGCGCCUUGGUGCCGCCAGGACGACACGAUGGAGCCCGGCGACACGCCCUCCGUCCUUGCGCUCUCCAACGGUCGUGGCGACCCGAAGCGCGACUCUGUUGUCGGCGUCUUCCUCGACUCGGACGGCCACUUCCGCGAGCACUUCAAGUUUGACACCAUCGCAGGCGACAUGGACGAGGCGCAGCGCGAGCAGUUCACCGAGUUCCUCAAGCGGCGGCGACCGCAAGUCGUUGUUGUUGGCGGGUUCUCGCCGGCUGUCCCGCAUCUCUUGCAAGACUUCCGCGUGUUCGCCGAGGGCGUCUCUCAACAGCUAUACGAGGACGGCGCUGCCGACGACGACGAAGCGGACGAGGGCAAGUCUCCGGAGGAGGUCGAGCAGCGCAAGCGCAACCGGGCGGCGUUCGAGUCGACAAUCGUGUACGACGAGAUUGCGAAGAUCUACCAGAACAGUCAGCGGGCGGCGCAGGAGUUCACCGAGCUGUCGACGCUCGGCAAGUACUGCGUCGGCCUCGCGCGGUAUACGCAGAGUCCGCUCAACGAGUACGCCGCUCUCGGUCAGGACUUGACGGCGCUCUCCUACGAUCCCAACCAAAAAUACCUCGCCAAGGACAAACUCGUCCAAGCCCUCGAGCGCAAAUUGAUCAGCGUCACGAACCGCGUCGGCGUCGACAUCAACCGCGCCGCUCGCGACCCGUACUACGCCCACCUCCUGCCCUACGUCGCCGGUCUCGGCUUGCGCAAGGCGGACGCGUGCAUCAAGAAGAUCAACGCGAUCGGCGGCACCCUCACGACUCGCUCUGGCCUCGUCAUGCAGAGCAUCUUGACGAGGAACAUCUUCAUCAACGUAGCUGGCUUCCUGCGAAUCCGGCAGGACGACCUCGCUGCGGACCUCGAGCUCGAAGUCGAGGGCCAGGAAGACCCGGACAUCCUCGACGACACCCGCAUCCACCCCGAGGACUACGACGUCGCUCGCAAGAUGGCGUCCGACGCGAUGGAGUACGACGAGGAGGACCUCGAGGGCGCGGCGCCCUCCAAGGCCGUCGCGGACCUCCUCGACGACGACGUUCGCAAGCUCGACGAGCUCGCCCUCGAUGAGUUUGCCGACGAGCUCUCAAAGGUCCUUGGCCAGCCGAAGCGCCUGACACUCCACGGGAUUCGCGAGGAGCUGAAGAAGCCGUUCCACGAGAAGCGCCCGCCGUUCGUCGUGCCGGGUCCGGAGGAGCGCUUCACCAUGUUCACCGGCGAGACCCGCAGCACGCUCGACCAGGGCUUGAUUGUCCCCGUCCGUGUGCUUCGCGUCACGCCUGACGAUGCUGUCAUCGUCCGUCUCGACUGCGGCAUCAACGGCACGAUCGAGCGCGAGUAUCGCACGAACGACACCAACAUCACGAAGCUUCGUCCGGGCCAGACGCUCCAGGCAAUGAUCUUCUCCGUCGACUACGGCAACUUCUCGGUCAACCUCACGACACAGGAGAACAUCAUCGAAGCCGGCGACGUCGAGCGUAGGCAGGUCAAGCAGGACGUCUGGUUCGACAGGGAGCGCGAAGCGGCCGAGAGGCGCAUCGCUCAGCAGCAGUCGCAGCGGCAGGCGGGCAAGACGAAGCGCGUCAUCAACCACCCCAACUACCAGGACAUCAGCGCCGGCAAGGCCGAGGAGUACCUCGCCAACAUGCAGCGCGGCGACUGCGUCAUCCGCCCUUCGUCGCGUGAGGAUCACAUCGCCGUCACCUGGAAGGUUGCCGAGGGCAUCUACCAGCACAUUGCCGUCCACGAGCUGAACAAGCCGAACGCGUACUCGCUUGGCACGCAGCUUCGCAUCGACGACAAGCACCGCUACAGCGACCUGGACGAGCUGAUCGACGCCCACAUCAAGCAGAUGGCGCGCAAGGUCAACGAGCUGACGUCGAACGAGCGUUUCAAGGGCACGAAGGAGCAGCUCGAAAAGUUCCUGUCGACGUGGACGAACGCCAACCCCGGUAAGAGCAUCUACGCCUUCGGCUGGGAAUCGGACCGCAGGAAGGCGGGUCAGGUUGUCCUCGGUUUCAAGACGAACGAGAAAAGCGGGGUCCAGUACUGGCCCGUCUUCAUCGUCCCCGAGGGCUACAUGCUCAAGGGCAGCGUCCACGGCGACAUCCCUUCCUUGAUCAACGCCUUCAAGAUCGCCUACUCGUCGGGUAUGGGCGGCGCUCGUGUGCCGAACCUCGCCCCCGGCAGGACCCCCUACGGUGCUGGCGCAACCGGCGCGACCCCGAUGCCCUACAGCCGAACGCCCAACCCGCACUUCAACCCUCAGCAAAGCGGCCGUACGCCUCUUUCCUAUGGUCAGCCGCAGCCGACUUACGGAACCGGUCGAACGCCUCAACCUGGACCAGGUGUCGGAGCAGGGACGGGCUACGGCGGACGGACGCCCGGUCACCCUGGCGCGGGAGGUCCCCCGGGCGGAGGACAGUACGGUAUGCCACCGCCUGCGCCGUACGCGACGGGCUACGGGCCUCGAUGA